UGUCUGUAACAAUACAAACAACAAAGAAGAUUCAGGAAAUGUUUUUUGACAAAUGGAUUCUUUACUAGGCAUAUUAACCCAGAACUCUGAAUAAAUAAAUCUUUUAAACUACAAUAUAGAGCCAUAUUUCCCGCACCAUUCAGCAGCAGUGCAAAGGUUUGGGGGAGUCAGGAGUAACAAAGGAGCUGAGAGAGAAUUAAUUGCUGGGAAGGAGCCUGGGUGUGAACUUGUAGGGCUGUUGGGUAUGGGUGGGAAAAGUAUGGAAGAUUUGGUGGUGGGGCUGGGAGGGAUUGUUAGGGAGCUUCCCCCAUGCAGAUCCUGGCUGACCCCUAUCCUCUCCUAUUAAGUCAGGCACAUCUGUCCCUGCACACCCAUGUGUCCUUGCACCACCUGUCCAUGUGUCCUUCCAGCCCCUCUCAGACACCAACUCCCCCCCAUCCCCAUGUGUCCCUGAACCCCCUCCCCCCGUGUGGCCCUGCACCUCCACUCCCACUCAGCCCCUGCCCCAGGCUGUCCUCCCACACUAGCCCUUAUGAGCCCCUGUUUAGACACCCUCCCCCGGUAGGCCGAUGCUGUUUGUCUCCCUAUAUUCUGCAGUAUCUUGACCUGGCCUGACAGGCAUUGUGAAGAAGGCAGGCUCUUUCUCUUCCCUAGCUGGUUGGGAGCUGAUGCUCUGUUCUGGUGCCAUAGAACCUUCUGGUGGGUAAAAAGCAGAACUGCAGCAACUUUCCGGCAGAAGCUUUUUUCUGUGCAAAAAAUUAAAAAUAUGGGUGGCUCAUUAAUUACGCAUGUACAGUGGCACAGAAUUCCCCCAGGAGUAAGAUAUGAGACAAGAAUUAAAAAUGGGAGAGUCAAAAUAGCCAAUCAGAAAUGUGGCAGGGCAUUUAACAUAAAUCACAAAUUCCGUAACUUAGUUCCUGAAUUAGAAUUUUUGCAGUAAAUCACUUGUGGUAAUGGAAGUGAGGAAAUAGCAAGUAGAUGUUUGGACAAUGGUAAAAAUGGGUCUAUAGGGAUGCUGCUUCUAUUGAAGUCAAUGGUAAAAUACCCUUGACUUCAGUGGGAGUGAGAUCAGGCUUAUAGUAAGGAAUAGUUGAGAGGUGUAGGCCUGUGUAGUAGAAAAUUGAAUAUAUGGCUUUAAAAUAAUUUUGUUUGUGUAUGUUAAAGGACUUGAUUCAACGCUUUAGAAAUGAAGGGGGAAUCUCACUUACUGGAAAUUAAAGUGCUAAUUCAAGAGCUGGUGAAAAAAGACACCUCAUCAAAUGUACCUGAGAUCAUUGACAAACUGUUCAAUGAGAUAGAAUGUGUGGAUAACGAGGCUGGGAAUGAGAUUCAGGAGGUUCAGAUUGAAGAAAGUGCAAUAAGCUUAUGGAAUUGGGCUGUGAACCGAGUAGAUGCAGUCAUCAAUGAUGAGCAAAAGCUAAAGGUAGGUAUGUUGCGCCAUGUUUCUUGCAGGCUAGUGUGCUUGUGUGAAGGCAGCGAUCCUCCAGAGGAGAUGGUGCGAAGGCAGAUUUUGAUGACCAUGAAGACUGGAAAAGGGUGGGUGGAUGUUGGAAAAGCCGCCCUUGCUGAUGGAUUUCUUGUGAUUGCCAUAAAUAGUCUAGAAAAACUAUAUGCCCAAUUAAUGAAGAGGAGCAGUGGUGAGGCAGAUAUUCAGGUGCACAAAGCUGAUGUAGAGAAGGACCUGUUCAAAGUACUGUCUUAUCAGGCUGAAUCAGCAGUUGUUCAAGGGUAUUUUCAGAAAGCAGUGACAUGUUUGCAACGCUGCAAAGAUAUGUUGACAAGGCUGCCAAAACAGACCUGUUAUCUAUCAAUCCUCUGCUAUAACUUUGGAGUGGAAACCUAUGAACAGAAGGGGUAUGACCAGAGCUCCUUCUGGCUCAGCCAGAGCUAUGAGAUUGGGAAAAUGGAUAAGAAGUAUUCUCCUGGGAAAGAAAUGCAGGCUAAAGUGCUGCGGUUAUUAGCCACUGUCUAUUUGGAGUGGGAUUGCGAACAGUAUCAAGACAAGGCUCUCAGGGCUAUAAGCCUGGCUAACGAGGAGAAUAUGCAUCCAGCUGGGUUUUUCUUGAAAAUUAAAAUCCUUCUGAAAAGUGGAGCAUCUGAUGAAGGCGUCAGGACAGGUAUCACAGCUCCGUAUCUGCUGCUGAACUUCCUGCAUCAUGAAGUGUCACUAGAUUUCUGUUUGAACACUGCUAAGCUGCUUCUGGAAUAUGAGAGGGAAUUGGUUGGUUUUGAUUUUCUGAAGUCCAUCUCUGGGCGGUUUGCGUCUUCACCUGACCUCGGAAAAAUCAUCUUACUCCACAUCGAGUUUCUGUUACAGAGGAUGAAGGAGCCUCUAGCCAAGCAAAUUCAAGAUAUCAUUACAGGUCACUAUACAGGAAAACAGCUGUCACCUGAAAUACUGAACCGGCUGCACAUCAUUCUGUGGGACAGAGCUGCCAAGAGCUAUGAGGCAAAAAACUACUCUGAAGCCCUUCAGUGGUAUAACUAUUCUCUCAGCUUCUAUUCAUCUGGGCAGAUAGAUCAGAACUUGGCUAAGUUGCAGAGGAAUAUGGCUUCCUGCUACUUUCAUCUGAAACAACUUGAAAAAUUUUCCAGAUCUGGUACGUGCCUGAAGGUGAAACUUGGAGUAAAAAACAUUCAACUGUUUGCAAAAGAGGCAGUGAAGGAAGCAGAGAGGUGUGAUCCCAGCAGCAUCUUCACUCAGUUUAGUGUGUAUAAGGUUGCGGUCUUGGAGGGUAACACUGAAAAAGCUGUGGAGGCAGUUGUUGUAAUGGGGAAGUUAGCAGCAAAACCAACUCAACAUGAAGAUAAGCUACUAGCAGAUGGAAGUGCAGCCACCAGCCUUCUGAGUUUAGCUGCCCAGAUUGCUUUAGAGACUGAACAACAGGCUGUGGCUAUCAAAGCUUUGGAGUAUUUAUCUCAGCACUCACAAGAUUGCCAACAAGUGUUCACAGCUUUAAAGUGUUUGGUUCGCCUUGUGUUGUCAAAAGUCAUGGCAGAACCCAAAGAGACCAGGACUAAAGAUAUGGACAUGCUUGUGACUUACUUGAACUCAGCACAUCAGAGACUUGCUGAGUCUUUCACAGAAGGGAGUAUGACACUGGAUAUGAGGACCCAUGAGGCUCACUGGUUUAGAAAAAUAGCUUGGAACUUGGCUGUACAGUUCGAGAACUGCCCAGGAACAAUGAGGGAUUUCUUUGUACUGUCGUUCAAGUUCUCCCAGUUUUGUCCAUCUGAUAUAGCUGUUCUGAUUGCCCAGAAGACAUGCUUGCUGUUGGCUGCAGCAGUUGAUCUGGAAAUGGGGCGAUGCAGUUUAACACUCACUGAACAGAUUGAGCUUCUGUCUCAGGCCCUUCAUCACAUCCAGGCAUGCAGGGAAAUCUGGAAUAUUCUGAAGCUAACAGGAGAUUUCUCCAAAGACCCAACAGACACAUUGCUGCUGGUUUAUGAAUUUGAAGCAAGAGCCAAACUCAAUGAUCCAAAACUGGACAGCCUGCUGGAACUGGUGUGGGAACUGCCACAAACAGAGACUAAGAUUCUAGAAACCAUUGCUUCAUUAGCGAUGGAGUCUCCUGCUUAUUAUCCCUCUGUGUGUAAGAGGGCCCUCAAGAGCGCUCUGACCCUUCAUAGGAAACAGAAAGCCAUUGAUGCUGUGAGAGUCAGCAAAUGUCUGCACAGCUUGGUUCACCUUUCUCUGCCAACUGGAGUGAUAGACACAGAUGCUUGUGUACUGGAGGAGGUGUGGGGCUACUUUGAAGAUGCUCUGAGCAUUGUAGGCACCACAGAUGAUUACCCAGAGGUGGAGACCCUUUGGCUGAUGACCAGAGCCUGGAAUACAGGAAUAUUUCAGUACAGUGAUGGUAAAUACAAGGAGGCUGAGCACUGGUGUGGGCUGGGUAUGCGCUUUCUGAAUCACCUGAGAUCCCUGAAGAGCAACUAUGAAAGCCAGAUGAUUGGUCUUUAUAGCGAGGUGCUGGAUAAGUUGGACAGAGCAAAAGCGUUCCUUCCAAAUGAAGAACAACACUAAGUGCAGCAAGCCAGGAUGAUAGCACCCCUGUAAAACAUUCAGCUGGAUAGAAGAGGCUGCUAGCUGUUCAGCAAGUGCUGGGACCAGCAUCCAGGUCCUCCUCCUGUUGGCUAUUUUAAAGCUAUGUACUUUUAAGGAAGUUUUUAUUGGCGAGAUGUAACUGUUUCCCGUCAGGGACUUGUAUUCAUUCUAUAGAGCUAUUUAACGGUAAGAAGCUGAGUCGUAACUUAAUGAGAUGGGGCUGCUGUUGUACAGCCAGGCUAGUUUAAAUGUUUAAAGGUUGGAAGUAGCAAUGUGACCAAUAAAAGGGUU